AAAUUUAGAGUUGCACAAAACGUACGCCAAGUGUUUCCGGUCUGUUAAUUGUGCAGGCGGUGCUGAGAAGAACAACUGGGAUAGAAAUGGCAGCAUUUUCUGAGAUGGGUGUAAUGCCUGAGAUUGCUCAGGCUGUUGAAGAGAUGGACUGGCUCCUCCCAACAGACAUUCAAGCAGAGUCAAUACCAUUAAUUCUUGGAGGAGGUGAUGUACUUAUGGCUGCCGAGACUGGGAGCGGAAAAACUGGUGCUUUCAGCAUUCCUGUUAUUCAGAUUGUCUAUGAAACACUUAAAGAUCAUCAGGAGGGGAAGAAAGGCAAGGCAACUGUAACAACUGGAGGAGCAGUAUUCAACAAAUGGCAGAUGAACCCUUAUGAUAGAGGUUCUGCAUUUGCUAUUGGAGCAGAUGGUCUGUGUUGUCAGAGCAGGGAGGUAAAGGAGUGGCAUGGAUGCAGAUCAACAAAAGGGGUGUCAAAAGGAAAGUACUACUAUGAAGUCUCUUGUCAUGAUCAAGGAUUAUGCAGAGUUGGUUGGUCAACUGCGCAAGCUGCUUUAGAUUUGGGUACUGAUAAGUUUGGAUUUGGAUUUGGUGGAACUGGAAAGAAAUCCCAUAAUAAACAGUUUGAUAGCUAUGGGGAGGAGUUUACAAUGCAUGACACUAUAGGAUGCUUCCUGGAUUCGGACAAAGGACAUGUCAAAUUUUCCAAAAACGGGAAGGACCUUGGUCUUGCAUUUGAGAUUCCACAGCACCUUAAGAAUCAGGCAUUCUUUGCUGCUUGUGUUUUAAAGAAUGCAGAGCUGAAGUUUAACUUUGGUGGUGAGGACUUUAAACACCCCCCCAAAGAUGGAUAUGUUGCGCUUGACAAGGCAGCUGAUGCUCAUGUGGUUAAAUCAAAGCAAACUGGCAGUGCACAAGUAUCUCAGGCAAAAAAUCUUCCUAAUGCCCCCAAGGCACUUAUUAUUGAGCCAUCUAGGGAAUUGGCUGAACAAACCUUAAAUAAUGUCAAGCAGUUCAAGAAAUAUGUUGAUAAUCCUAAAAUUAGGGAGCUUUUGAUUAUUGGAGGUGUUGCUGCUAAAGAACAGCUUGCAGUUCUUGAAAGUGGGGUGGAUAUUGUAGUUGGAACUCCUGGCCGAAUUGAUGACCUCAUAUCCACAGGAAAAAUAAGUCUUUCUCAAGUUCGGUUCCUGGUACUGGAUGAAGCUGAUGGUCUUUUAACAGCAGGAUACACAGAUUUCAUCACACGAGUUCAUAACCAAAUACCACAAAUAACAUCUGAUGGAAAGAGACUUCAGGUGAUUGUAUGUUCUGCAACUCUGCAUUCAUUUGAUGUAAAGAAGCUCUCAGAAAAGAUCAUGCAUUUCCCCACCUGGGUUGAUCUGAAAGGAGAAGACUCAGUACCAGAGACCGUUCAUCAUGUUGUGGUUCCAGUAAAUCCUAAAACAGAUCGGCUUUGGGAAAGACUGGGAAAGAACCAUAUUCGGACUGAUGAAGUUCAUGCUAAAGAUCACACAAGACCUGGUGCCAAUACUCCAGAAAUGUUUUCCGAAGCUAUUAAAAUCUUGAAAGGAGAAUAUACUGUGAGAGCAAUUAAAGAACAUAAGAUGGAUCAGGCAAUUAUCUUCUGUAGAACAAAAAUUGAUUGUGAUAAUAUGGAGCAGUAUUUUAUUCAACAAGGAGGAGGACCCGAUAAAAAAGGGCACCAAUUUUCCUGUGUCUGUUUGCAUGGAGACAGAAAACCAAAUGAAAGAAAAUACAAUUUGGAACGUUUCAAGAAACAGGAAGUACGAUUUUUGAUAUGCACUGAUGUUGCUGCCAGAGGUAUCGAUAUCCAUGGUGUUCCUUAUGUUAUCAAUGUCACCCUUCCAGAUGAGAAGCAGAACUAUGUACAUCGUAUUGGAAGAGUAGGCAGAGCUGAAAGGAUGGGCCUUGCAAUUUCCUUAGUCGCAUCUGAAAAGGAAAAGGUAUGGUACCAUGUAUGUCCAAAUCGAGGAAGAGGGUGUUACAACACUAGACUGAAGGACGAAGGAGGGUGUACCAUAUGGUACAAUGAAAAUCAGCUGUUAGCUGAAAUCGAAGAUCAUUUAAAUUGCACUGUUUCUCAAGUUGAAACUGAUAUAAAGGUGCCUUUGGAUGAAUUUGAUGGAAAAGUGACAUAUGGCCAGAGGAGGGCAACUGGAGGUGGGCUCUACAAAGGGCACGUGGAUGUUUUGGCGCCUACAGUGCAGGAACUAGCUGCCCUUGAGAAAGAGGCGCAGACAUCCUUUUUGCAUCUUGGCUACCUGCCCAACCAACUGUUCAGAACAUUCUAAAUGAAUUGAAGCCAGACACUGAACUACAAACUAAAGUAUAGCUUGAGUAAUCCCUCAAUUUAAACUUGGCAAAAUAAAAAGUAAACUUUGUGUUUAAUAAUUUGUCAUUUAAAAUACAUUUCUUUUGAUGUUCACAGUUAUUGGUACUAACUGUGAACUGUCACUAAAAGUGAAAUUGUGUAGUUGAAUAAAAAGGGGCUCAAACAUAA